CCAAGUAAUAAGUGCAAUUCAGCCUAUGUUCAUAAGGUUAACAAGCGAAGUGCAAAGCUUGCGUAAGGAGUUGCAGGAGCUCAAACCAGAAAGAAAGAAAACAAAAACUUUAGUAAUGCCUUCCGAUCCAUUCAAGGAUAUUGAGUCGUUUCUGGAAUUUGAAAAAGGUCUCCAAGAAAUAAACGAAGCAUUUAUUUCUCUUGAAAGCGAACUGAAACUUGUUGCCAAGGCACCAAAUUUCGUAAAGAAUUGCUGGAAAAAAAUAAUAACAGAUGAAUUGGGAGAACGACUCUGCUGGAAAGGGACGGACACAAAGAGAAGUGUUCGCAAUUUUAGUACAACAAAAGCAAUACGAAAUGCAACUUUAUCAUUGGGCUACACGGAGGACACAUUCAUUAAGGACACGCGCACUUUCUUUCAAUUCGCUAAAAAUCGCAUAAAGCUGCGAAACGAUUACAAAAACAAAAAAAAUGUAAAUUAAAAAAAAACAUAAUAA